AGACGGCUCACGCCGACGCAAAGCUACCGUGUAGGCCUUUUCUUUCUUUCCCCCAAAACGAAAACCAACUGUUUCCUCCAACACUACACCUACUUUUCUUCACUUCUCAUUCAACUUCUAUUCAUCUCUCAUUAAUCACUCUUCCCCGUUUCGUUUCGUCUUUCUGUCGUUUCUCUCUACCCCAUCCAAAGGAACUCAAGGAAGGAUUUGGUUCGGAUAUAAUUUCUUUUCUUUGGUUUGAAGGUUAUUGUUGAGGAAAAUAUGAUGAGCGAGAAGAUGAGGAAUGGGAGUGGGAGCUCGAGCUCAAGUUUGAAUAGCAUAUUUCUGGAUACAGAGGAUGACCAAACUAUUGCAACCAUAUUAGCUGAGGAAGAAAAUCUCAAGGCAGAGAACAAGCUUGGAAAGAGACUUUCACAUUUAGAUUCUAUACCGCACACUCCCCGUGUUAAUGGAGAAAUUCCUGAUGUAAACGACGCAACAGUAGACCACGUGAGGCUGUCUGAAAGGUUAGUUACAUAUGGUUUGGCAGAACUACAGAUGGAGGGUGACGGGAAUUGCCAGUUUCGAGCUUUAGCAGAUCAGUUGUUCCGGAAUCCUGAGCACCACAAGUAUGUAAGGAGGCAGGUUAUAAAGCAGCUAAAGCAUCACAAAAAAUUGUAUGAAGGUUAUGUACCAAUGGAGUACAAAAGCUACUUGAAGAAGAUGAAAAAAUCAGGGGAGUGGGGAGAUCAUGUUACUCUACAAGCGGCUGCAGACCGUUUUGAUGCCAAAGUUUGUUUAGUCACCUCUUUCAGAGACACUUGCUAUGUUGAGAUCCUUCCAACUGACAAAAGCCCUACAAGAGAGCUAUGGCUAAGCUUUUGGAGUGAAGUGCACUAUAACUCUUUGUACACUAGCGGAGAUGUUCCUUCUAAAGUGCCCAGAAAAAAGUAUUGGCUCUUCUAGACUGAUGGCAGAUUAUGGAAUCAUGAGAACAACUGACUGAUAGUGGACAUUUUUUUUUUUUUAACUUAUUGUCGUUUUAUACUUUGUAACUCAGUCAUUUGUCCCCUUCCUUUAGGGGCAAACCAUAGUUUAUGUAUAAUAUUUACAAUUACCAUACUUGUACAAAUUACAUAUCUAAACUCUGAAUUUAUAAUUGUACAGUUAUUUACUACCA